AUGGAUCGCGGCAGUGGGAUCGGCGAUGAAAGGGCUCUACAACUAGCUCUGGAAUUGUCAAUGCUCGGUUUUAGCGAGCCUCUUCCUUCGGUUUCUGAGCCAGAUAGCCCUGGAGAUCUAAGUUCUUUCGUCAACCCUCUCGCGAAUGUCGGCUUAGAGGAAGUCAGAUCCAAGAAGUCACAGAACAUGACUGAGUGUGUUCCCGUUCCCAGUUCGGAGCAUGUGGCCGAAAUCGUAGGCAGACAAGAUAUAGAAUCUACUUUACAUUUUACGAACAAUAAUUGUAAAUUUUACAAUAAACAAUUCAAACAUUUAAUGAAGAUUGAAAACCUCACCCAACCAAUGAUUUUAGCUGUACUUUCAUAA